CACGAAAUUCCGCUAUCAACCUUCUCCGCUCCCAUAAGCCUGAGCUGAAUCACCAUGCUGACGGAGGCGCUGCUGGGGAUCCUGCUGGUGGUGCUGCUGUUCGCCUUCGUCAACAGGAAGCCGCCGAACCUCCCGCCAGGCAAGUGGGGAUGGCCUGUGAUUGGCUGCCUUCCCUCCGACGACGUGUCUCUCGGUGAGCAGGUCAUGGAGCUCAGGAAGAAACACGGAGAUAUCAUCUCGAUCUUCAUCUUCUUCUGUGACUACAAGCUCAUUAAGUCCGCUUUCUCGAAGAUUGAAUUCGCAGACAGACCCGAUUUUUACAGCUUCGACAUCUUUAACGAGUACACUAAAAGCGGUAUCGCCAACACCAACGGGCAAAUGUGGAUCGACAACAGAAGGUUCGCGUUGCGCCAGCUGAAGGACCUGGGUAUGGGCAAGACCCGGCUGGAGAAAGCUAUCCAGUACGAGGCCGUCUGUCUGGUCGAAGACUUCAAGAAACACACAGACCGACCGGGUCCUCCUCCUGCCUCUAUUACCGUGGCAGUCCUCAACGUCAUCUGGAAACUAGCAGCAGAUCACCGCUUCGAAGUGGACUCGCCGGAAAUCCAUUCUUUAAUCAAGAUGAUCACUACGCUGUUUGAGGACUUCCAAGGCCCGGUGGUCUGGUUCGAUCUCAUGCCCUGGCUGAUACCCAUCGUGCCAAACUUCGUCCGGAAAAAGAUGGGCAUCGAAAACUUAGAAAAGAAUGUGCACUAUGUUCUCGAACUGAUGGGUAAAUACGUAGAGCAGCACCAGAAGACGCUGGACCCCGAGAAUCCCCGAGACUACAUCGACGCUUACCUGCUGGAGAUGGAAGCUCGCAAGGACGACCCUCAGUCAAACAUGACCAUUUUCGACCUGAAAAAUUGCAUGGCUGACCUGUUCACGGCCGGCAGCGAGACCACGGCCUCAACCAUCCGCUGGGCCAUCUACUACCUGGCCAAGUACCCUGAGAUCCAGGCCAAAGUACACAAGGAGAUCGACUCUGUGGUUGACAGAGACAUCCUUCCAUCCAUUCAGCAGAAAAACAGUUUACCGUACCUCGAAGCCGUAACGCUGGAGAUCCACCGCCUUGCGUCUCUCCUUCGUGUUGGUCUUCUGCACAGUUGCAAUAAGGACACGCAGUUCGGUGAUUACGUUAUCCCUAAAGGUGCAAUCAUAUCGGCGCUGCAAGAGGGCUGCCACAUGGACCCCGCUUACUGGGAGAAACCUUAUGAACUCUACCCCGAGCAUUUCCUUGACGACGAAGGGAAGGUUCUUACCAAGAAGGAGGGCUUCUUGCCGUUCUCUCUGGGGCGCCGCCAAUGCCCCGGGGAGUCGCUGGCCCGCAUGGAGCUCUUCGUCUUCCUCUCCGCCCUCCUGCAGAACUUCUCCUUCUCGGCUCCCAAGGGCAAGGAGCUCCGGCUGGAGAAGAACCCGAAGGAUUCCUUCCUCAAUCUCCCGAAGGAUCUGGAUAUCGUUAUUACCAGGCGACCGUAAAUGUUGAUAUAGAUCAUAUUAAAACAGAGUUCCCGUUGUAUCUGCAUCGCAUUAGUUCAAUAUAAAAAUAACAUUGAUAAUAGCCGAAUUUGCUUUUAUAACAACUGUAUCUUCCAAAAUACCUAAACACUGCAUGCAUAUUUCAACAUUAUUUUUUUUCUUUCUUUCUUUUGAACACAGUAAUUACUAAUGAAACAUAUUUUUGAAACGAGAUUAAGAUAAAAUGUAAUAUACUGUAACAGUUUACAUAAGCUAUGUGUUUUUUAAUAGUCUCCCUACUUGUUGGCAGAUUUAACUCUUUCUUUUGCAAAAAUAAAGAAAAAUUAUAUCGUGUUUUGUAGAUCUGUUGUCCUUUUGGAGAGUGAGAAAGGGAAUUAUAACAUGAUGGUAAUAAUGAUUAUAAUGAUAGUAAUACCAGAACAGAGUAUGAUAGUAACUGUAAGAGUGAAUAUGAUUGGUAUUAUCAUUAAUUAAUAACAUUUCUCACAGUACGCACAUCACCUGUGCGUACUAUAGACCGAAGAUUAAAUUCAACAUUUUCUAGGGGAAAAAAAGAAAGAAAACAGUAGUUUUGAACUCGCAAUCUUAAAUCAACGUAGGGGUUGAAUCACGAAUACAUUGUCUAUAUGUAUGUGCAGUACAUACCAUAGCCUGUAAAGUAGCACUUAGGAAUCGUGUUGUAUUUUUUUACAUAAAAGCUCUCGUAAAUUA